CUUUAGGCGAAAUGUACAUUAUAGGCCAAGAGAGGUCACCAGUAGACUAGAACUUUUCAUAAUGGCGGAGCGUCGAAAGACGAAGCGUAAAAAGGAGCAGUUACUUUCUCCAAAAGAUGAAAAACCCAGCAAAGUAGAAUAUGAUAUUGCAAAGUAUUUGCGGCAAAAGCUUCCUGUUAAAAAAACCUCUCUCUUGAGUCACAAAGUUGAGUAUUUUAUUGCCUCCAAAGCUGUUGAUUGUCUUUUGGAUUCACCAUGGUCAACAGGGAAGAACAAGACAGAGAUUCUCUUCACUACAAGAGACUGUGUAGCUGAUUAUAUGGAUAUGAUGCUAAGGCACAAAUUUUUCCAUCGUGCUCGGAAGAUUAUUAUCCAGAAAGAACCAAAGAAAAAAAACAAAGAGAAAGAAGAAGAAAAUACUGCCGAUGAAGUUAAAGAGAAAGAAAAGAUGAAAGAAAAACAUAAAGAAAAAGAUACUAAAAGCGAAAAAGAAGACAAAGAACUAGAAGGAAAAAAGGAAGGGGAAGAAGGAGAAAAGAAAAAGAAAAAAAUCAAGCUAGAUAUGCACUUGGAGCAAGUGUUUCUUGAUGGAAAUGAGGCCUAUGUGUGGAUCUAUGAUCCAAUACCACUGAAGGUGUGGAUAGCAGGAACUUUUCUUGUGUUAGGAGCUAUUGCCCUUUGCCUCUUUCCCCUUUGGCCUAGGAUAGUACGUCAUUAUGUCUAUUAUUUAAGUGUUGCUGCUGCUGGAUUCUUGGUGUUCAUCAUUGCUUUAGCAGUUUUACGUAUGGUUGUUUUCAUCAUCAUCUGGUUGCUGACAUUUGGAAAACAUCAUCUAUGGCUUUUACCUAAUUUAACUGAAGAUGUAGGAUUUUUUGAAUCAUUCUGGCCACUAUAUCAUUAUGAAUAUAAAGGUAGAAAGCAAGAAAUAGAAGAUUCAAAGGGUAGCAAUGAAAAAGAAAAGGCUGGGUCAGGCUCUAAGAAUGAUGACAGACAUUCCAAAGAACAACAAAACACAGAAUCAGAAGGAGAAAAUCAAAAUUUUAAUGAGAACGAUUCCAGUGUUCAUCACAUUAAUGGAGAUGAUGAUUUUGAAAUAGUUGAACCUAAGGAAGACCUUACUGAUGAGCACAAUAGAAUGUGUGGAGAAAGCCAAUCUUGAGAGUGAAAGUAAAUUAAAUAUAUUUAAUAGAAUUUUUUUAUUUUGAGUAUCAUUCAAAGGCAUUAUGACUUUUGUUAAUAUUAUGCUUUCAGUUAUUUCAUAAAUAUACUUGUAGCAUCAAAGAUAUGUGUUACAUUAAAAAGCAAAAUGUUUUGUAAUAGUGUUUUUAUAUGUAUACAAUAUUUAACAAUAUGAACUCUAACAAUGAUAACUUUAAUCAUAAGUUUUACUAAUUGUACUUAAUGAAUAUAAACAUAUUUAAGAAUUUUUUUCCAGAAUUAUUUUUUUACUUGGUAUUUAAUAUAUGUUUAGUUUGCUGUUUUGUAUUCUUCGUAUAGCCACUAAUACUGGACCAUUUUUAUGGAUGUGUUACUUCUUGUUUUUUAUAUAUAUAAAAAAAAAAUUUUUGAAACAAUGUGUUAUAGGAUAGUCUGAAUGCACAAGAGUGCCAGUGACAAGUCUGAUGCAUGAAAUAGAUAAAAGUGAACAUUUAUACUUUAAAUGGAUUUCAAAAUAGAUUACAGUGAUGUGUUUCUACUUAGCAUAAAAAUGUUUCAGAAACUGUUGUUGAACAAUUGUAUUGACAAGGGUAUCACCUCAACAUUUCACAAAUUAUAGAGAUUUAAGGAUUUUGACUUUUAUUACUUGUUGGACAGUUUUCCACAAUUGAUUAUCUAAAGAUUUUUUUACAACAAUAUUCUGUUUGAAAGUAAUUCAGUAAAUAGUCAGUAAAAUCAGUAUUGAAACUGAGCUCUGACAUAGAACAUUUCACAAAGAUGAUGGAAUUUACAAGUAAUUACUUUUUUUCAAACAUGUAUUAGCACUUCUCUGGUAGUUAAACAUUGAUUAGGUUUGUCUUGUGAUUGGAUGUGUAGUACAUGUAUAUGAUAAUUAAAGUUUUACGUAACACAGCAAAGUAUAACAGUAAUGUAAUACAUAGAUUGAGGAACAGGAUGACUGUAAUGAUUAGGCUUACCUUUUGGUUGGACUUUUAGUACAUGUAUCUGAUAAUUAAUGUUUUACGUAACACAGCAAAGUAAAACAGUAAUGUAAUCUGCAGACUGAGGGACAGGAUGACUGUAAUACUGAUUACAGUCAAAAAAAGGUAUAUAAUACUGAAAGGUGGUGCAUGAAUCUUUAUUAAUACUGUUAUUUUAAAUAUCACAGUGGUAAACUGUAAUUUGCUGCUCUCUGUUUCAACAUGAAUUUUUUUCAGUGAUAUUUGAGAUAACUUUUUUUCUGAUUUCUGAUUCACAAUAUGAUAUUUGUUAAAUGACGAACGUGGAAAAAAAUCUUUUAACACUUUUUAUCAAAUAAAUAUUGU